AUGGGUGAAAUUGAAGAUGAAAACUUGACCAUACAACGGGCCAUUUGUACUUCUAUUCCCACUCGCAACAUCCUAGGCCUCGGCCACGAGUCUAACAGAGCCCAGAGCUCAGAAAUAGAGAGCCAUUUUCCAGGUCAAAACGAACGAGACCAUUCAAAUGCGUCCGUUGAGGAGGUUAAUAAAAGUAACAACUCUGGCCGACGCACCAGCGCGCCUACUAUCCCGUCGGAGCAAUCUUCCUGGAACCACGACACUCGGAGUGUCGCCGAUAUGCUCGGGACGAGGUGGGAGAGGCACACUCCCAAGCCAAUGGUCAAGUCAGCAGCAGCAUUGCGGUCUGAACUCAUGACUUCAUCGCGGGAUGUAUCAUCGCCGGCGGACAAGAGGGCGCGGGUGGUACUCAGAACGGCUCAAAUGAUGAGUGAGCAUGAUCGAGUGGCUGCGCGAAGAAUGCGUAUUUAUCGUGAAGCUGCGGAGCGGACAAAAAGUAGGGUUGGCGGCUUUGGUGGGACGUACGAUCAGGCUGAUGCGACAAAUGUUGCCGGCGUAUCGGAAGUGAGAAAUAACCCGAUGCAGAAUAGUUACGAUAAGAGUCGGGAUCCGAGACUGAAAUAA